CCAGCCCCUCAGGUCUCCACCGCUGUGGUGGAGCCCUACAAUUCCAUCUUGACCACACACACCACCCUGGAGCACUCGGACUGCGCCUUCAUGGUGGAUAAUGAGGCCAUCUACGACAUCUGCCGCCGGAACCUGGACAUCGAGCGCCCCACUUACACUAACCUCAACCGCCUCAUCAGCCAGAUUGUCUCCUCCAUCACCGCCUCGCUGCGCUUCGAUGGUGCCCUCAAUGUGGAUCUGACGGAGUUCCAGACAAACCUGGUGCCCUACCCACGCAUCCACUUUCCCUUAGUGACCUACGCCCCCAUCAUCUCUUCUGACAGAGCGUAUCACGAGCAGCUCUCGGUGGCUGAAAUCACCAGUUCCUGCUUUGAGCCCAACAACCAGAUGGUGAAGUGUGACCCAAGACAUGGGAAGUACAUGGCCUGCUGCAUGCUCUAUCGUGGUGAUGUCGUUCCCAAGGAUGUCAACGUAGCAAUUGCUGCCAUCAAG